UGACGCAAGCGGCCGGGCGGCUCCAAGGCUGCCGGCUGGGGUGAGCAGCGGAGCGCUUGGGCUUGGAGUAGCAAAGAACACGCUCUCCCGAGAAAGUAUAGGCAGUGAUUAAAAAAAAAAGGAAACGUGUGUAGGGACGUCGAGGACCCAGGCUCUCGGGCGAGCGUGUAGUUGGACGGACAGGGCCGCGGGGGUCACGCGGGGCUCUCCCGCCUCCCCUCCGCGUGAGCUCCGGGAUGGUCCGCGCCGGGAGCGCGCGCGAGGCUUGAAGCGCCGGUGAAGCGCUCAGGUCGGAGUGACAGCGGCGCUGCCUGCGAGGCUCUGGUCAGCAACGCGCCAUGGACGCAGAGCUGGCAAAAAAAAACGUCUUGCAAGCUGAGAUCGCGGCGGUGCGGCGAGAGUGUGAGAACCCACCGGCGCCCUGGGAAGAGAAGUCCAGAGUCCAAAAAUCUUUUCAAGCAAAAAAAAAAUUCACUUCGGAAGGAUGGAAGUCUUCAGAAGAUCUGAAGAAUCAGCUUGGAAAAAAAAAAUCAGAACUUUCAUUUCUAAGUACGCUUACUGGCAUCAAUAUAAGAAAUUACUAAAAAAAAACAGAAGACCUAACAAGCACUGAGAUGGCAGAAAAGAGUAUAAGAAAAGUUCUACAGAGACACAGAUUAUCAGGAAAUUGCCACAUGGUUACAUUUCAACUUGAAUUUCAGAUUCUGGAAAUUCAGAAUAAGGAGAGAUUAUCUUCUGCUGUUACUGACCUCAACAUAAUAAUGGAGCCCACAGAAUGCUCAGAAUUAAGUGAAUUUGUGUCUAGAGCAGAAGACAGAAAAGAUCUGUUCAUGUUUUUUCGAAGCCUGCAUUUUUUUGUGGAGUGGUUUGAAUAUCGUAAGCGCACGUUUAAACAUUUCAAGGAAAAGUACCCAGAUGCUGUGUACCUCUCGGAGGGGCCCUCCUCCUGCUCCAUGGGGAUCCGCAGUGCCAGCCGGCCAGGGUUUGAAUUAGUCAUUGUUUGGAGGAUACAAAUAGAUGAAGACGGGAAGGUUUUUCCAAAGCUGGAUCUUCUCACCAAAGUCCCACAGCGAGCCCUGGAGCUGGACAAGAACAGAGCCAUAGAAGCCGCUCCUCUCAGCUUCCGAACCCUGCUCGGCGUGCUUGGAAUCGAAGCUGCUCUGGAAAGCUUGAUAAAAUCACUUUGUGCAGAGGAGAACAACUAGUUCUAAAACAGUGAACGGGAGGGUUAAGAUGCUGCACGGAGGAGCAUGCAAUUUUAUUGAAUAUAAACAUUUGCUAUUUUCCACUUAGAACCACACCCUGAAGACAUGCUGUCUAUGCAGUUAUGGCACAUUAUAUGGAAACUCUCAUGACAUGAAAAAUAAAUACAGCUAGUUAAGUAUAAAAUGCCAAAUAAAAGUGACAUGUACAAUGUGGUUUAUAAAAAUAAGCUUAACAUCUGAGAGAAUGUACCAAGUGGUCGUGUGUCCUCAGAUGUGUGGGGAGGACCCAUCCCCCCACCCACCGUGGCCUCAUACCGAGUCCACCUUGGACAUGGCGGCCACAUUGCUCAGCUGGGAGAAGCCACCCUUAUCCUGGUUCCUGCCUCCUGGGGGCUCUGGAGAUGGAUGCCUGUGGCACCUCAUUUUUAAACUGUCCUUAGCAGCCCAGGGGAGCCACGCCCACGCUCCCUACCUCCCCCAGGUCCGCACAGUGGCACUGAGAGGCAGUCUCAGCAAGUCCUCACACUGUUCUUGGUCUUCCACAAGAAAGUGGAGCUGUCAGCGUAGUAACAAGAAUGGCCUAAGACAGCAAAGACAACACUGUUCCUGGGCCAGGGCGUGAGGAAUGAGGUCCUUUACGAAAGACCCCCCUGCAGAGCCUAAGUGCUACACUGAUCGUCCCGGAUGUGCCGUAAGAACCGUGACCUCAUCAGUCGCCCAUUUAGCAUUGUUAGGAUCUGUGAACACGUGUUGUCUCAAACCAAUCAGGGCUGCCAUGACUACACAGCAGCAGCAGUUUCCAGAACGUGCCAGCAACGCAUCCACAGCAGUGGCACCCACUGCUCAGGGGCUCCUCACAGCCCGGGCUGGUGGGAGCCAAGACCAGAGUGGGGGUCCACCUGUUUUCUCUUCUCCCUCAAAUACAGGCUGUUUUCACUGUGUCUAGUCCAGCCCUGUCUGGGCCCUGUGCUAGGCAAUAACUCUUGCAGCCCUGAAGGACCUCGGGAGCCCAGCCCACCUUCCCAUGGACUGGGGUUCCCUCUCAUGUGCACUUGAACCCAGGACCCAGCAUCCUCCACACACCGUGACACUGGGCAAAAUCAUCCCAAACGAGGCUGCCCCAGCCCCAGCCCAGCAACAGUGAACUCCCUUGGGUCAAGACAGUACUCACGGCCACUCCCUCCACACUUCCCAGAGCCUGUGGCCCGUCUGUGAGCUCCAUGCACUUCACUUAGGUGAGUCACCAAAGCCCCCAUCCCGACACACAGGACCCAUGUGUAUGAGACGGUGUCAUUCGAAGUGAGAAGCAAACAGUAAAAGUGUCCAGUUGUGUAAGUAUCGUUUUGCACCUCUGAGUGUAGAAUUAGAAGUAAAUAUGACAGAAUUGAACAAUAAAUUCUAGAAGAGUUGCCUUGAUUCAAACAAGUAUAAUUCUCAAGUUAUCACAAAAUUUCCCACAAAAAUUUACAAUC